AGGAAACAAUUUUCGUUCGAUCGGGACCAUGAUGAAUCUGGACAAUUCUUAUUCUUUGUCCACUGGUGUGGUGUUUUUUUCUUAAUGAUCUUUAUCUUGAUAUAUUCCACUCUUGGGCUGUCUUCCAUAUCAUAUAAAGCCAGAAGAAGGAAAAGGAGACUAUACACAUUUCUCCGUUAGGUGAUGAUGUUGCUCCGAUCAGCUCUUUCCCUUCUCUUCCUCCUUGCUGUGGUCCGAUCCCAGUCCUUGCCGCCGGCGAAGUAUGAUGGGUUCGUGUACACUAAGGGUCGGGUCGAUCCGGAUCCGGUUGCUAUCGAGGCGUUCCUGGACCCGCUCUGCCCCUACAGCAGGGACUCCUGGCCGUCGCUGAAGAAGACCGUGGCCCACUAUGGCCGCCGCGUCUGGCUCAUCGUCCACCUCCUCCCCUUACCUUACCAUGACAAUGCAUAUGCAGCAUCUCGUGCAUUGCACAUCGUCAAUAAGCUCAAUAGCUCGGGUACGUUCCCCUUGCUGGAGCUAUUCUUCAAGCACCAGGAGAGAUUCUAUGGCGCCCAAACCAUCAACAAGACGAGGGCCUCCGUCAUAAAAGACAUACAGAGGUUGGCAUCCAAAGUAGCUGAUUGCUCGGGAGUCGAGGCGGGUUUCAACGACAGGCAAACCGAUCUCAGGACAAGGGUGUCCUUCAAGUAUAGUGCUUCGAGAGGAGUUUACGGUACUCCGACGUUCUUCCUCAAUGGGUUCCUUGUGCCUGACAACGGCUCAACGAUAGAUUACAACGGUUGGAGACACCUCAUCGACCCGCUUCUUUCAUCGAGGGAGGCUUGAGCAAUUAUAUUGAUACACGUUUUCCUUGAUGAUCAGACUACCGUUGUUUACGAUAAUCGUAGUCGUGUUUACUAUUUGAUCAUGGAAGGUGACAUGCCUAUGCACGCAACCACGGUGGGUGUUGAUGAAUAAGUAUCUUCUUGUGGUUUGUUGAUCCAAUUUGGUUUAACUUGUAAAUGCGAACCAGACGGCAUUUGGUACUUGGUAGCCUUUUACUUUUCCGUUUUUGUAAAACUAGAUCGAUUACUCGACUUU